AUGGCCCCUGGCGUGCCUCUUGCGAAUUCGACAUUCCAGCAGUACAUUGAUCACAACAAUCCUGAUUUGGGCACUUUCUCCCAGUUCUACUAUUGGUCUACUCAGUACUGGAAAGGCCCUGGCUCGCCUAUCAUUCUUAUGACCCCUGGUGAGAUUAAUGUGGUUGGUUAUAACUCGUAUUUGACCACAAAUCGUACCACUGGUGUUCUUGCAGAAAAGAUUGGUGCUGCAGUCAUCGUUUUAGAGCAUCGUUAUUGGGGAUUUUCUUCUCCGUUCACUGAUCUUUCCACUAAAAAUCUGCAAUACCUGACACUGGAGAACUCCAUCGCUGAUCUCACCCACUUCGCACGCACAGCCAACCUCCCAUUUGACAACCAUGGUCGUAGCAACGCACCCAAAGUCCCCUGGGUCCUCGCGGGCGGCAGCUACUCGGGUGCCCUCACAGCAUGGACUGCAACCACCUCUCCUGGUACCUUCUGGAGCUACCUCGCCUCCUCUGCCGUCGUCGAAAUCACUGGUGAUCUCUGGCAGUACUUCGUACCCGUCAUGGAAGGAAUGCCUAAGAACUGCAGCUCCGACGUGACCAAAGUUAUCGACCACAUCGACAACAUCGGUAACACCGGCACCGAUGACGAGCAGUACGCUCUCAAAGAGAUGUUUGGUCUACAGGACGUCGAACACUUUGAUGACUUUGCAGCUGCACUCGAAAACGCGCCUUGGCUAUGGCAAGGGAACCAAUUCUACCGCACGACCGGCUUCUUCGACUGGUGCGAUGCCGUCGAGAACGUAACGCCUGGCCAACCCAUCCCCGGCGCCGAAGGCGUAGGAACCGACAAGGCCCUCGCAGGCUACGCGAAGUUCUUCAACGAGACCAUUCUCCCGGGCUUCUGCGAAGGGUUCGGCUACUUCAAAGGCGACCUCAACGUCGACUGCUUCGACACCUACAACGCCCAGAACCCCAUGUACACCGACCGUAGCCUCACCAACACCGUCGACCGCCAGUGGGUCUGGAUGACGUGCAACCAGCCCUUCGGCUACUGGCAGUCCGGCAUGCCAAACGGCAACCCCUCAAUCGUAUCCCGCUUCUCCAACAAAGCAUACUGGGAGCGCCAAUGCCCCCUCUACUUCCCCCCCGACGGCGACUUCGUAGUCGGCCUCCAGGCCGGACGCACCUACGACGCCGUCAAUAAAUACACCGGCGGCUGGGGCGAUCGCGCCACGCAUUUCGACCCCUGGCGCGAGGCCACCGUGAGUGCUCGGCUGCGGCCCGGAGGCCCGUAUGAGGGUAAUGCGGUGAGCAAGGUGCAGUAUAUCCCCGGCAGCUUCCAUACGUCGGACUUGGUUACGGCGAAUCGAGUCAAUGCCGGUGCGGCGAAGGCGAUUGAUGCCGAGGUGGCGCAGAUUGCGCAGUGGGUGGGCGAAUUUCCGCGUGGUGGGCAUGGCUGGUAG